AUGCUUCUUGCGACUAGUGGGUUUGCUGCGAUAGUCAGAGGCAUUACUUCAUUAAAUGGGGCGUGGGACCCUGAGGCCACGUGGCGAUUUAACCACAGUAUCUUCGGCCGUGUCUUUUAUGGCCUUCGGCUUCGGCCCAUAAAAUCGCGGUCGCGAGGUCGAGAGGACUCUGCCUUCGUAGCUUUGUUUUGUUUUCAGAAAGGCGAAAUGCCUAACGAAAAAGUAGGUGCUAGGGCCGAGAGGAAGUCCCUUCAGUCAAUUUAUGACCGUGAUUUAUUAGGCACAAACAUUCUCAUAGCUGAAGCCACUGGAGUUUCUGACACAACUCAAGGGUACCCAGAUACUCCUGGUAUAUGGACUAAGGAGCAAGUGGAAGCAUGGAAACCGAUUGUUGAUGCGGUUCAUAUGGUAAUUUACAGGUUGGAGAAGAUAUAG